AUGGAUAAUGAUCCUGAUCCUGAUACUACUUACGAUGAUCGUGAUGAUCGUGGUCAUAGUGGUUUUCUACCAGGUGCUGGUAGAAAACGAAAACAAUCAGCAGCAUCUAUUCAAAAUAUGUCACAGAAAAGAUGUAAAGGAGCUGCACAAAGACAAGCUACGUCUAGAUAUAGAUCUAAAUUAACACAAUGGAUAGAUGAAUUAAAAUGGUCACGUCAAGGUAUUCAAUCAUCUCAUCGAGAUAAUGCAACUGCUCUAUUGGUUAUAUUUAAUAUCAUGUUAGAAAAUGUUAAUCUGACACAAACAGAAGCAAUUAUCAAAGCCGGUUUAUAUUUAGGUCGUGGACAUUCCACGUUAGAUACACUUGUAUCGCAUUGGAAUAAAUACAAAGAGGUAUAUGUUGAAUCAGGUGUUAGAGGUGGAUCAGUAGAUCAACGAUCGACAGAUUUACUUACAACAUUACCUUACUUUAUUAUAACCACUAUUAUGGACCGUCAUGCUGCAGGUAUAACUACAACUGUUAAAGAUAUUCAACAAACAAUUGCUGAUACACAUGGUACACAUAUCAGUUAUUGGUCAAUAUAUUAUCUAAUGCAUGAUAAAAUGAAGCUGUCAUAUGGUUUAUUGAAAGAUGCAACAAGUUUAACACAAGAUCCUAAUCGUCUCAAGCGUAUUGGCCAAUUUCUUAUUAAAUAUGCUGCUGCUUUAAAACUGGAAAAGAAGAAAGAAGCAGUUAUAUAUAAUGAAGAUAAAGAUAUUCGUACUGGUGCUGGAGUUGGCAAAAGACUUAUAUUGGUUCAUGCCAUUACUAAUGAUGGUCUUCUUCACAAAACUGGAAGUUCAAGUAAUAAAACUAUCACUGCUGAAUUAAUAUAUGAAGCAAAGCAUCCAUCAGGUGAUUAUCAUUCGAAUAUGGAUGGUCACAAUUUUCGUCUAUGGAUUAAUCAACAAUUAUUUCCUGCAUUUCAAGCAAAAUAUGGACGUAAGAAGAGAAUGAUACUUAUGCUUGACAACGCUCCUUAUCAUAAAGAACGAGGUGAUGAUUAUGUGAAUAUAAAAUUAAUGUCAAAAAGUGAUAUGAUUGAUCUUCUUGUGUUAAAACGAGUAAAAAAUAUAACAAUUAUUCGAAAUGGUUAUCCAAAAGAAUUUCAAGCUAAUGAAUGGAAAUUCAAUGGUCCUAUAGGUCCUUAUAAAAAAGAAUUGCAGGUGUACAUGGAAAGUUGGAUCAAACAAUGUCCUGAACUUCAAAAAACAUUGUUGGAAAAACUAUUUAUAGAAAAAUCGUUAGAUCUAAAAGUCAAUAUGCCUGAUUUUCAUUAUCUUAUAUAUACUCCACCAUAUUGUCCUCAAGUUCAACCUAUUGAAUUGGUAUGGGCAUACGUUAAAGCUUAUGUAGCUAAAGAGUUCACAACUUCCAGAACUCUUCAGCAAUUAAUUAAACAUACUAAAGAAGGAUUCAACGGUAAUGGAGCUGAACAUGAAGGAGUAUCUUCUGAAAUGGUCAAGAAAAUGAUUUUACAUACUCAUAAAUACUGUAAUAUGCUCAUUGACGAUGAUUGUUGGUUGAAAGGAUCGAUAGAUAAUUUAAAGAAUGUCGAUCAAUAUGAAGAAGCAGAUGAAGAUGCAGAAGAUGACGAUGAAGAUGAUGAUAUCAAUAUGGAUAUGUCGGCUUUUAUUGAAUAA